AUGCCUCUGGUCAGCCUUAGUACCACCAAACUAUACCCUUCAAAUGGCGCGAACCCGACAAAGACUCCAUCAUGUCAGGACAUAAGGUCAUUAAGUCUCAUUAGAACCUCGGAUGACCUGCUGAAGCACAUGAAAUCUCUAUACGAUUGGGAGAAAAUCAUCCCAAACGCCGCCUACUUCGUGGGCUCCGAUAAAUAUUUGUUCGGCAACUUGAUUGCAAUGGUAUACGAAGACCCAAUCACUGAAAAAAUCAGUACCGUGCUUAUCGCAAGACACGGAGAAAACCAAUAUAACUCGCUUACAAUCGACGCCAGGUCAAGGUAUUUUCCAGCAUGUGAGAACUUGUUGCCAGAAUACCGAAAAUCUAAUGUCAGAAGAUCCUUGGCCAUCACCGCCCUUAGAGCCUACGCAAAUUUGGAUGUACCGUUAAGAAAUGUAUUGUUGGAAAAUUCAGUAUCAGCAUUAGAAGGCGAAGAGAUAAACGCGUUUGAUUGGGAUGAAACAACCGCUGGUGAUUUGGCCACCUCAAUGCAUUUGAUUGUCAACAAAAUACCCAGCCAGAUUGGUGAAAAAAUAUUGAAUCUUGGGUACUUGCAGCAAAAAUUUUCUAAUGCCUUGAUGUUAGAUAUUGUUUACAUCGAUAAUGAGAACGAAGUCGACAAAAACAACAAGUUGGUAUUCCUCCUUGGCGAACAAUUGGAUCUGUUGUUCGAUCCUUUGACUGAAUAUUCACCCGAAUCUACAGAAAAAAUUUAUAAAGUUCCUUCCGAUCCAAAUACCCUCCAAGAAUCAAAUGACAAUGAAUUGACCGAGUCAAUAGUACAGGAACUUGUAAAGGUUCAAACUAACUUCACCAAGAAUUUGGUUCAAUUUUUACAAAAUUUCGUGGUUCCCCUUAGAAUUAAGGUUUUGAAUAAUGAAAUUCCAAACAUGACAAUUUCCAAAUUAAAUUUAAUAUUCCCACCAACUAUCGACGAAAUUACUAGAAUAAAUUGCAUCUUUUUGGAUUCUUUGAAAAAUGCUUCUCCUUAUGGAAGCUUUGAGGUAUUAAAGGCUUGCGGUACAACCAUCCCAUAUUUCUAUAAAGCUUAUAUGAGACAUGAAGCGGCAACAAAAAACUUCACCCAACAAUUAUCAUAUUUUUUUGAAAAUUAUUCGGCGUAUUUAAAACCAUCGGCGGGUGGUGAUAAACCAUUCAUUGAUAUCGAAUAUUUUACCAAGCGGAAGAUUGAUUCAUUGAUCCAUGGCUCGUUGAAUUUGAUUAAAUUGAAAUUAAUUUUGAAUCGUUUGAUGGAAAACAGCCAAUGGAGUGCUAGUCUUAGACUAAGGACUGAAAAAUACUAUAAGUCGGCCAUCAAUACUAUCGACGCAUUUGGACGCGAUAAAUUAAAACCGUACAACAAUAGAGUAUUCACCCCAACUGGGAAACUCUUAACGGAAUUAGCCAGUGAUUGGCCAACAGAAUUGCAAUACGGGUGGUUGACUAGAAGGGUGGUGGCGAUAUUCGGUGGCAAGAACUUACUUUGUAAUUCCUUUUAUGACGAAGAUAUCAUCAUUAUAUUCAGUGACCAUAUUUUGUUCUUAGCAAUUGAUGAUAAGGACUUUUAUCGCAAGCAGCGAGACCUUACAAAGUCCGAUAAUUCAGAUUUCCCUUCGCCUGGUUUUUAUCAGCAUUCAAAUGACUCUAAUUUCAAAGUUCAUGAACCUUCUAUUCCUGAUGUUCUUAUGCAUUCUUUGAUUAAUCAGAUUCCUCUAGCAAAUAUACCAAGAUUGAGAGUCAGCGGUUGGGCAGACAUCGGAGACGUUUACCCUUCUACUUACAAUGAAGGCAAAAUGAUUCAGUUCUUUGUGCUCGGAUCCGGAAUCAGAAAACCUUCCACCACUAGUUCUACUAAUGUGGAGUCAAUCAAGAAAUACCAAAUCAAUGAUGUGAAUAAAUUAAACAAUGGAUUGAAGCUUAUUGAUUUAGUAAACAAGGCCAAGAUUUUGAAUAAAUCAUCUCCUUUCCAUUUAUUCAAAACCAAGAACUUGGGUUUAUCUAUCUACUCUACUGCCCAUGAGAAAUCUGUAUAUCUAGAUGAAAAAUCAAAAUCGCCGUUUGCUUUGUUCUUGAACAUGAAGGUCAAUAAGAGCUUACUAUUUGAAAAUGAUUUAUUUGCAGGGCUAAGUGCUCAUUUCGUUAAGAAUAAUACUAAUUCUGGUGGUAAUGAUGACUCGUACAGUGAAUAUGAUGCCAGUGAAUUGACAACCAUUGAAGGAGAUGAUUUAGUUGAAGUUUUUGGGAUAACCAGGGACGGUUCAAAGAUCCAUGAAAUUUUACCAUCAUCAGAAUUUUCUACAUUCUUGGCUGAACAGUUGAGCAAUUUGUAUUCAAACUUUUUAAGUUACAAAAAUGAUCGUAUUAUUGAUUACUUGAUCUCUGCCAAUGACAAAUUGACCGAUUUUUUGAUUCAGUACGUGGAUAAUGAAGAUCAGCUGCAAGAUGAUGUUUUGUUCGAAACUAAUGAGGAGUCGGAAAUCGAAGAAGAAGAUGCUAUUGGAGAUCAAGGAAGUGUUAGAUUUCACCAAGCCAAUAAAGAUACUGUGGAAAAAAGAAAAAGUGUCAUCAAAUUAUUGACUAGUCCUUCAAAGACUAAAUUAUUGAGGUCUAAAACCGAUCUCAAAGAUUCGGUAUCCAAGCAUUCAAAAACUCAAUCAACAUCAAGUUUCAAGCCAAUGGUCACCAACAUAUCUUUGAGUAGCAAGCCUGUUUCUGCAACCACUAGUAAAGUCACUGUUGUCGGUGCAACCACCACCACCACCACCAAUGUUUCUGUUAGUCAUCCGACAGAAGACAAUGUGAUUUUCAGAGAACAUUCGCAUGAGGAAGACUCUGCUUUAUUUGAGGAUAAUGUUCCUUUGAAAAAAAAUGAUAGAUUAGGUCUGAAAAGCAAAGAGACUUUAUCAUCCGCUUUUACCUCAACUAAUGAUAACUUCAACCCAAAGAGUGAUCCUGCAAAGACUCCAAAAAGAAGAAAUGAUUCGUUGAUUAAACCGGCUGUCAAGACUCCAAAGGAAAAGAUCGUGACAACUACUUCAGCUUCUCAAACACGUAGCUCGAAUGCCAAGAAAAAGACUAGCUUCUUUGAUAAAAUUUUCCGAAGAAAACAAAAAACCCCGACCCAUAUUAAAUCUCCAACCGUUAACAGCGUACAUCAAAAAAAUUCACCAGUUAUUGCUGAUAUAACUCCAGUUUCUGGUGAUAAUAAUAAUAAUGAUGAAGAUAAUGGUAACGAUGUCAAAACAUCAACUGCUGAGCCAAACUCGGGCGCUAGACUCCUGAAAUUAGGAAAAAUAUUCAAAUCGUCACUCAGUAUAUCUGGUGACCUCAAUCUUGCGGCAAAUAAAGUGGCGGUUCCAAGCAACAAUAAAUCGUCUAGCAAAGUUAAUCUUAAGAAAUCACCUUCUAAAGAAAGUAUUGUCACUUUCAACACUACUAUGGAUCAUAUCAUCAAUACUCCUUAUACCACGCCUUCUAAGCAGAAGCAGCAGCAGCAGCAGCAGCAGCAGCAACACCACCACCAUAAUAACAGAAAGUCAGUUUAUUCGAACAAACGGAAGUCCAUGGGCACCCCUACUGCUGAGGAUAGAUCCAAGAAGUUCUUUGUCACGGAUAAUAGUCUUGAUGAUGGAGAGAGUAUUAUCAAUGCGGUUUCUACCCCUAUAAAUUCCAAGACUAAUCAAUUAAAGGCCAACGACUUCAAAAUCAGAUCGUCAACUUCUGUCAACGUUCAUGAUUUCGAGGAAGAAAUUGACAAUAACAGUAGCACCAUUCGACCAGUUUUGGUCGAUGAAGAUGCUUCUCUACCUGCGUUCAACAGAAGAUCAGCUAGUAUCAAUGGGUCACCAAUUCCAAAUCAUAAUAAUAGGAAGAGAUUUUCUGCUGGGUCUUCUAUUGCCAAUAGAAAAAGAAACUCAAAAGUCUUGAGUGACAUUUUAAGAGUUGAGGAUCAAAGCAAGAACAGUAGAGCCAGUAGUAUGAAAUCAAGUGUUGUUAAAUUCGGUGCCACCAAUGUUGUUACAUCUGCCAGAAGCUCGUUUUCGGAAACUGGAAAAGAGAAUUAUGAUCAUUUGGAAGAGAUUGCGAGAACGAAGCUAGCCAAGGAAAACCAAGAACAUUUGAUGACAAUUAAGAACCGCCUUAAGAGUGUCAAUUCAAAUACCGUUGAUACCACCAAUAUCCUUGAAGGAUUGACUACUGAAACUAUCGGUCUCAAUAAUGAAUCUACCUAUCUUGAUAAGGAUGAUCCUCGGAAGUCAGGCUCUUUCAGGGGUUCUGCUAGAGAUAGUUUGUUCGUCGAUGAUUACAGUGACUACGAUGAUGAUGAUUUGAAGAAAAACUGGGUUAUCGCCAGGGAGAAUUCCUCAUUAGCCAAUAUUCAAAAAGUUGGGAGCUUGAUGAGUAACAAUACCAACUACAGUGAUGUGGCAAGAAAUAUCAAAUCGUCAACCUCCAAGAAUUGGACUUCAUUGACCCGCGAGACUUCGAGCACGAUGAAUGUGUCCAAGUACUCGUUUAAGAAAACUGAAUCUGGUUUUAGCAUUUAUAAUGACCUUAUGGAUGACUCUAUGGCUCCAAAUUGGAUAAUUGCCAGAGAUAAUUCUACCUUGUUGAAUAUUCCAAAAGAAGUCAGUAUGAAAAACCAGCCGGUACGGAGUAUGAGUAGAUCAAAGAAUAUUUAUUUGACUCCAUAUCAAAAUAAGAUUAAGAGCUCUUUGAACUCAUUCAAGAGUGGCGAAAAUUUGGAUGAUGAUCAAAAGAUUUAUGCGAUGUUAUUAUCCAAAGAAACCUUUGACUCAAUGAACAACAUCAGCGGAGAAAACAAUAAGGGUGUUGGCAAGAAUGAUGCCAAGGUUGAAGCCACUGGAUAUGAUGAUGAGGAUGAGGAUGAAAACGAUGGUUAUUAUCUUACAAAAGGCGGUCAAUUAUCUGAUGAUGAAGGAAGAUUCGAUGAUGAUGGUGAUGACAUCGACCUUGAUGAUGAGGAAGAAGAAGAGGAGGAUGAGGACAACGACGAUGACUUCGAUGGUGAAGAAUUGGAACUUGAUGGUAAACAUGGUCAAAGAACUGAUGAUGAUGAGUUUGUUGCUCCAGAUAAUAUUGCCGAUGAUGAAUUUGAAGAAAUCAAGUUUGAUAAAAUCAGUAACUCUGUGAUGGUAAAUGAGGAUGAAGAGAAUGAUGAGGAUGAAGAGAAUGGGCCUGAGGGCCAGGUAUACCAAUCUUCAUUACUCAGAGGCACUUUUGGGUUUAUUAAUCACCCAAACGAUGAUGAUUUUGACGAUAAUGGCCAUAGUGAUGUAAUUGAUGAAAACUUAAUUUCUGGUUUUGAUUAUGACGAUUUCGAUGAUGAUGAUGAUGAUGAUGAUGAUGAGAGAUCAUUUGAUGAACCAAAGCAGCAUGGACUCAUGAGUACAUUGCCAACGAUUUCUAGUUUCGGAGGGCAUGGUGAAAAUGGACCAAUGGUAGCCCGAGGCUACGAUAGCGAUGAAGACGAAAAUGGCUUACCGCAUAGCAUCAGUAACUUGAGCGGUGGGCUUCCAAGAAGUAUGAGUUUAGGAGGCAGAAGAAGUCAAUCGUUUCUUGGGAUUUUGGGGCUCGAAAAUAGAGAACAUUUGAAAGAUAUUAAAGAAAAUGGCAUUUCCGAGGAUUUUCACAACGAAUCACAAGAAAAAUUGAAAACCCCUCUUGAGGAUUCCGGAAACAGACUUAGCGUUGCUGGGUCGAUAUAUUCUUCUUUAUCCAAUAGAUCCAAUAAGCGUUCAUACAGUGAUGUUCAUGAAGAAUCACAUUGA